UCAUCGGCCAUACCAGCCAUCUUGAAUGGGAGGCAUGUCAAAAUAGAGAAAUCAGAACAGACUUGUGAUUAUUUUGCUGUGUUUUCAAAUUAAAUUCUGAUGCUUUUUUAUAUUGAUGAGGAGGAUAAGAACUUUAGAGAUAACUGCGUAUCACUUUCAUCUCGAUGGCAUAGAUACAUUGAUAAAACAUAUAUUUUGCAUCCAAUUUAGUUAGUAAUUUUGAUACCACGAUUUGGUUGUUCACGAAACAUCUUGAGAUACCAUGGCAGAUGACGACCCGGUGUAUGUGAUAGCCAAAUGGGACUAUGACGCUAAACAAGAAGAAGAAUUAAACUUGCGAAAAAAUGAAAAGCUUGUGUUGCUUAACGACAGUAAAUCAUGGUGGCAGGUACAAAAGCUGCAUAGCGGUGAGUGCGGAUAUGUUCCGUCAAACUUUGUCAAGAGAGAACGAACUGGAAUUAUCAGUCGAAUUAUGGCGCUGUCAAAACGAAAGCCUUCCACCUCGGAUUCACAACGUAUCUCGCAGUCCCAGCCAACUAGUCAUUCAUUAGCUGUUGCACCUCAUGUGAGGACCAACUCUAUAGAUUCGAAUCCAGGUGUGGGGACGAAUGCAGUUGUGAAGUUUCCGUAUGAUGCUCGUCAGCCUGAUGAGCUAACGCUACAGAAAGGAGAAGCAGUACACGUUCUUGAAAAGUCGGGAGACGGAUGGUGGCGAGGUGAAAGCGAAGGUCAGUGUGGAUGGUUUCCGUCAAAUUAUGUUGAAGAGGCAGGAGGGAAUUCUGGUAAUGACGAUUUUAGUCAAAAUGAUACUGCAAGUAAAGACUUCAUUGUUGGCGUCCGAACUUUAUAUCCAUUCGAAGGACGAAAUGAGGAAGAACUUAAUUUUGAUGUAGAUGAACAAUUGGAUAUUGUCGAGAAACCAGAAAAUGAUCCGGACUGGUGGAGGGCACGGAAUAACCGGGGGGAAAUAGGACUUGUUCCAAGGACAUAUGUAAAAGAGGUGGACAAUGCCACGCCUGUUUAUUCACUGGUAUACGUAGGAAAAGAUGUUACGCCCCGUAGUACAUCCACUGUAGCAAAUGGCAAGAAUUUACCUGCGAAUGGAGUUGCUCAUACGAACUCGGAUCUAGAAUCUAAGAUUUGGUAUCACGGACAUAUACGGCGUGAAGAUGCAGAGGGGCUACUGUCUGGUCCUCUUAUUGAGCCUGGGGACUUUCUUAUAAGAGCUAGUGAAACAUCGCCAACAGACUUUUCAAUCUCAGUGAGAGCACCACAUCAAGUGAAGCAUUUCAAAGUGAAGACUACCGGGGGAAGGUAUUGCAUAGGCACCAGGAAGUUUGAAACUUUGGAUCAUCUGGUAGAACACUACAAAAGAUCACCGAUAUUCAACAAAGAUGAUCUUAAACUGUAUCUCAGACACCCUUGCCCCAACGAGGCCUAGGCACCU